UGAGAGUGCGUUGUGACUGUGAGAGACAACAAUAACCACGUGACACACGCAGGUUACACUCGUAGUACAUGCUGCUGCUACAUACAGGAGGCCUGGGUUGCGGAUCAUUCACCGUUUCUUCUAUAGCGCAGCAUAUUCCGUUGCGUUUUACAAUUAGAACAACCGUAAUAGAACAAACUGGGCAAAAACAGACAGACAGAGUAAUACAGUGACUUGAAGAUGAGGAGAGUGACGUGUACGGCCCCUGUCAACAUCGCGGUCAUAAAAUACUGGGGGAAAAGAAACGAGCAACUUAUUCUACCAAUUAACUCCUCCCUCAGCGUUACUCUCCACCAGGAGCAGCUGAAAACCACAACCACCGUUGCUGCGAGCCGGGACUUUGCCGAGGAUCGGAUAUGGCUGAAUGGGAAGGAGGAUAAUAUUAACCACCCCCGCCUGCAGUCCUGUUUACGAGAGAUCCGCAGGCUGGCCAGGAAGAGGAGAAGUGGUGGCGUCGAGGAUGGAGUUUCCAGGAUCCUAAAUGACAAAGUUCACAUAUGUUCAGUCAACAACUUCCCCACGGCUGCUGGGCUGGCGUCUUCUGCCGCCGGAUAUGCCUGUUUGGUGUACUCCCUGGCGAAGCUGUACGGAGUGGAGGGGGAACUGUCUGAGAUAGCCAGGCAAGGUUCCGGCAGUGCCUGCCGAAGUAUGUAUGGAGGGUUUGUCCAGUGGCUGAUGGGAGACAAAGAAGAUGGCAAGGACAGCCUGGCGCAGCAGGUGGAAACAGAAUCUCACUGGCCAGAACUGCGGAUUCUGAUAUUGGUGGCCAGUGCUGAAAAGAAACACGUGGGAAGUACUGCCGGCAUGCAGACCAGCGUGGAGACCAGCCCAUUGCUCAAGCUCCGGGCCGAGUCAGUGGUGCCGGGCCGAAUGGCUGAGAUGAUUGAAGCGAUCAGGAGAAAGGAUUUUGAAGCCUUUGGGCAGCUGACCAUGAAGGACAGUAAUCAGUUCCAUGCUACUUGCCUUGACACCUAUCCGCCUAUCUUUUAUCUUAACCAGGUUUCACAAAGAAUAAUCAGCCUGGUCCAUCGGUAUAACGGCCAUUAUGGUCAGACCAAGGUUGCAUACAGCUUUGAUGCAGGUCCUAAUGCUGUCAUCUUCACCCUGGAAUCAACAGUCAAUGAGUUUGUGGAGGUUGUGAAAUGCUGCUUUCCACCGGAGGCUAACGGGGACCCAUAUCUGAAGGGGUUACCAGUUAUCCCAGCUCCCCUAUCUCAGGAGCUGUUGUCCGUUUCUACAGCGGAUGUGUGCCCAGGCGGUGUCCGCUAUAUGAUCGUCACACAGCCAGGCCCAGGCCCUGCGGAAUCACAAGAUCUCUCCCUGCAGCUGUUAGGACCUGAUGGGUUUCCCAAACUAAUCGCCUGACGCAGCCUUGAUUCAAAAGACACUUUUAUAACUCAGGCGUCAAAUGCGUUAACACGAUUCUAUGUUCUGUUACUAUGACCUCGACCUGUUCCUGAUUCACUUGCUCAGCGGGGUGUUUCUAAUAUGUAAUGGAAAACGCUUUCAUCGCUGGUGUGACAAACACUGAAGAACAUUAACAAGGAAAAAUGAACAUGGCAAGUCUUCUUCUCCCUUUUGUACCGGUUACUCCCUAUGGGCAAAUAAAUGCCAGCUAAUGCUCCCUAUCGCUGUUUAUUGGCUUUGUUGGCAAUGAUGUCCGUUUGGAAGCUAUUUCAAACUUUACAGCACUGGAACCUUUUUAAAUAUAAUUGAUGUCUGCUAAAGAUAAA